AUGCAGGCCACUUUGCCACUUACAAGACAGUAUCCAAGGUUACAAGCUGGAUUUUGGUGGCCAACUAUGUUUAAGGAUGCUCAUGCAUUCAUAUCAAGAUGUGAUGCUUGCCAAAGAAUGGGAAAUAUAAGCAAGAGGAAUGAGAUGCCACAGAACUUUAUACUAGAAGUUGAAGUUUUUGAUGUUUGGGGCAUAGACUUUAUGGGACCCUUCCCAACCUCUUUUGGCGACCAAUACAUUUGGUUGCAGUUGAUUAUGUCCAAAUGGGUGGAAGCCAUAGCUAGCCCCACUAAUGAUGCACAGGUUGUGAUACCCCGUAUCAAGACCUAA